UGUCUGUUUUUGUUUUUUCGUUUUUUGUCGCAUCAUUUUUUUUGGCUUUUGUUUUUUGCAUAUAUCUUCAAAUCAUCAAAACAAAAAAAAUUUUAAGAAGAUAAAAUGAUGACAACAUUUGAUACAUCGACGUUGUCAACAAUGUCAUCGACAUCAUCAACAGCAGCGGCCGCUGCUGCUGCUGCUGCUGCCGCAGCAGCAGCUGUAGCCAACACUUCACCAAUUAAUCAUCUAAAUAAUCAUCAUGAUCAUUUUGCUAAUGAAUUGAUAUCCGCUGCUGCAGCGGCAGCCGCAUCAACGACCAAUUCAGUAACCAGAAAUGUCUUGUCAAACAACAACAAUAACAAUAAUAAUUCCAAUAAUAAUUCAUCACAGCAACAAAUGUCAUCAUCAUCAUCAUCAAAUUCACCAUCCAAUUUAAGCAGUUGUAAUGAUGAUAAUUCUGUAUCAUCAUUAAAUAAUUUAACAACAACAACAACAAAUGGCCAAUAUAGUAUUGUUGGUAAUAAUAAUAAUAAUGGUCAUCAACAACAACAACAAUCGGAUACAACACAUUUGAUACGAAUAUUUCAAGAAUGUCGUAAUCGUUUAUCACAUAAACAAAAAAAUCUUGAACAUUUAUCAAAUCGUUUACAUAAUCAACAUGGUAAAGCUCAACAAGAAAUUGAUAAUGCCUAUCAAGCUGUUUAUACUGCAUUAGGUAAAGGUAAAACAGAUUUACUAAAAGAAUUGGAAGAUGUUUAUAAUGCAAGAUUAAUAUCAUUAACAAUAUUUACAUCAAAAAUUGAAGAACAUUUAAGAAAAAUUGAACAAAUGUUAUAUUAUAUGGAACAAGGACAAGAUUGUCCAAAUGAUAUGUUAAAUUGUAAAUCAUUUAUUGAUAAUAAACUACAAGCCAUUUUAAAUAUUGAUCUUGAUUCGAGCUUUCAUUCAAAUGAACUUGAAUUUGUUACAAAUUAUAAUGGUAUACAAUCGAUACUCAAACAUAAUGUUGGCUAUAUACGUACAUCAUCAUCAUCAUCAUCAACAACAACAGCAGCAACAACAACAUCGAAUAAUAAUAAUAAUAAUAAAUAUCUAUCGAGAUCAACAUCGGUUACAGUAGCUAAUAAUAAUAAUAAUAAUUUCCAUAAUCAUCAUCAUCAUAAUCAUAACCAUCAUCAUCAACAACAACAACAUAAUUCCCAAAUGAAUGGCUUUAUUGAUUCAUCAUCUUCAAAUGGCCUUGUUGAUCGUUUUGGAUCAUUUAAUUUAUCACAAAAUCAUUGUUCAAACAAUAAUAAUAAUAAUAAUAAUAAUCGUUCAUUAUCAUCAUCUAUUUCGGAUUCAUUGAAUAAUGCAUUUAAUUAUGAUAAAUGGUCAGUUGUUGGUAGUAUGAAUGGUAAUGGUCUUACUGGUGGUGGCAGUAGUGGUGGUGGUGGUGGAACUGGUUCAAAUUCUUCACCAGAUUCAUCAUUAUUUUCUGCUUGGAAUAAUGUUACCGAUGGCCUUGCCGAUUUGACUGGUUCAGUUGAUCCAAUUGAUCUCAUUAAUAAUCAUGACCAAUCAUCAUUAUCAUCGAUGACAUCAUCAAAUAUGCCUAUUAAAUCACAAGUUCAACGACAAAAAAUGAUCUAUCAUUGUAAAUUUGGUGAAUUUGGCAUUAUGGAAGGUCAAUUUACUGAACCUUCCGGUGUAGCUGUUAAUGCACAAAAUGAUAUAAUUGUUGCCGAUACAAAUAAUCAUCGUAUACAAAUAUUUGAUAAAGAUGGUCGUUUUAAAUUUCAAUUUGGUGAAUGUGGUAAACGUGAUGGACAGCUUUUAUAUCCAAAUCGUGUUGCUGUUGUUAAACAAUCUGGUGAUAUUAUUGUCACCGAACGUUCACCUACACAUCAGAUUCAAGUUUAUAAUCAAUAUGGACAAUUUGUACGAAAAUUUGGUGCUGACAUUCUGCAACAUCCACGUGGUGUUACUGUGGAUAAUAAAGGAAAUAUUAUUAUUGUUGAAUGUAAAGUAAUGCGUGUCAUUAUAUUCGAUUUGAUGGGCAAUGUUUUACAUAAAUUUGGUUGCAGUAAACAUUUAGAAUUUCCAAAUGGUGUUGUUGUUAAUGAUAAACAAGAAAUAUUUAUUAGCGAUAAUCGUGCACAUUGUGUAAAAGUAUUCUCUUAUUCUGGUACAUUUUUACGUAAUAUUGGUGGUGAAGGAUUAACAAAUUAUCCUAUUGGUGUUUGUAUUAAUGAUAGUGGUGAAAUAUUGGUUGCUGAUAAUCAUAAUAAUUUUAAUAUUACAAUAUUUACGCAAGAUGGACAAUUAGUUAAUGCAUUAGAAUCAAAAGUAAAACAUUCACAAUGUUUUGAUGUUGCAUUAAUGGAUGAUAAUUCGGUUGUAUUGGCAAGUAAAGAUUAUCGUAUCUAUAUUUAUCGUUAUCUUCAACUGCAAUCAUUGGCUACAGCAGUUGCUACAAGCGGUAUUUGUUGAUUUUCAAUUUUCAAUUAUUCUCAAUCAUCAUCAUCAUCCGUAUAUCAAUCGUUGAUCGAUUUGAUUACGGACAAAUCACAUCACAUCGAAUUAAUCAUUUUUCUGCGAUUCACAUCAA